AUGGAGAGAGAUCAACCAACUUUUCGGGGAGAAGGACAUGACUCAAAAGAGAGUGACGCUAGGCAAUCAGCUCACGGCAGUACUAGGAGUAGACGUUCUCAGUCCAGUUCCAGAAGAUUGAACCAAAUACAAGAGGCUGUACUUCGACAGGAAGUUGCAGCUCAGAGAAGUCAAGAUACUCUGAACAAUAUGAAUGCCAUGAUACAUUGGCAAGUCAACAGGCAAUUCAGGAAAGAUCGUAAGGCUGGUACUACAAGAAAUCCAAAUCCAGACGCUGUAGUCCAACAGCUAGAACUCCCUUUCGGAUCUCCACCAAGGCUGGCAUGGUCAUACCAAAAAAACCCUCUCAUUACACAAAUGGCGGAAAUACCUGAACUGGUAGAGGCCCAUGUUGGACAAAGGGGAAGAGCCCUUGUAGUCCAAGAACAAGAAGUUCCAACUCUUCUAGCAGGCCCAUCAGCAGUACAGCCCCCCUGGAACCAACCAGAACUCCCAUCCGUUCCACGGCUGGAAGUUCCACAAGGCUUGCCAAUUGCACAUCUGCCCGAACAUCCAAUAGUGGUGCCUUACAAACCUAGAAGAAUUGAUCCUAAUUCAUUUCCCCCCACUAGCAAGGGGUAG